UGUAUAUAACAAACCAUUUGUUACGAACUACUUACACUUAUCGAAUAGUUAGUAGCCGUUAAUAUGCGUAUCAUCGUUUUACUCGCCGUAUGUUUUGCGGCUACCACAGCGAGCUCCAAGAGUCCACAGAGGAUUGUAGGUGGCAAACCUACUACUAUUGAUGAAUAUCCUAACGUUGUUGCUCUUUUGGGCGUGUAUGAAUGGAUGGGAUACACACAAGUAUGCGGUGGUGUCAUUCUUAACUUCAGAUCCGUCCUAACCGCAGCCCAUUGUCCUGUUAAUGACAACGUCCGGUUAUGGCGCAUUCGUAUUGGCUCCAGCUACGUUUUUAAUGAAGGUACCCUUUAUGGCGUGAGCGGGAUCAUCGUUCAUCCUUACUUCUGGCAGGGAGAUAGAUUGCAUGACAUUGCUAUCUUACGUGCUGACCAAGAACGCAUGCUCGUAACUCACAGCACUUAUAUAGCUGGCCCCGACUAUAUUCUCCCUGAUAAUACAAAGCUCGUCGCUGUUGGAUGGGACGUAAGUUGGUUGUCGGAAUCUGACCAGUUACGUUACUCGGAAGUAACAAAGGUUAAUGAAAAGGUAUGCGAUGAUCAAUAUGAAGACCCUUAUAUUGUGAUCAAUGAAUUCACACUGUGCACAAGCAACCCUGUUACCGAAGGUCCAGAAUAUUAUACCUGCGAAGGCGAGAGCGGUGGUCCUGUAUUCCACAACAAUGUUGUGGUCGGCAUCAGCACCUUCGAAAAUAAAUGCGAUGGAACAAACUUGCCUCGUAUCUAUACCCGCAUUGCUGCCCACACUGAAUGGAUCGUUUCAAACUCUUAAAAUUCGUUUUAAGAUUUUACGACUUUUUGAAUAAAAUUCGUUUUCUAACUUGUA